UUAAAGUGGAUAAAGUAGAAGAAGUGGAUUAUGAGAUCGAAAAUCCAUUUUGUGAAGAUCCAAAUGAUAUAGAAUUAGAUGAGUUAUGCGAUUAUAUUGAGAAGGAAUUAAAUUUUAUUAAUAAACACGGUGAUACAAGAGCGUUGCAAGAUAUGGAAUAUUGGUGGAAUGAUGCAAUAAUAAAUGCGGCAGAAAAUUCAAAAAUUUCAAAAAAAUUUUCAAAAGAAGACCUAGCAAAAAUAGAUGCAAUCAAAAAAUCAAAUGAUGAAAAAGAGAAAUACGGGAACGAUGCCAUA